AUGGCUUUCAACUUCUCCCAACGGUCUUUCUCUCUCUACUCUCUCUCUCUCUCCACUCUUUCUCUCUCUAACUCUUGUUAUUUCCGCUUUUAGAAAUCCCACAAAAUCCCAGAUAUUUAUCAUCUGGGUUUUCGGUCCUUGAAUAAUCAAACAAAUAAUUAAAAUCAGAAUCCCAUUUGAACCAAUCAUGGGUAUGCAACUCCAUGCCCGGUUCGGUCAGCUUUCUCUGCCGCUGCUGCAGAGUCGUCCGCCAUUGUUGUACGGAUUAUCCUCCUGUAAUUUAAUCACUGGAAAAUGUCGAUUAAAAACCAACGGAGGUGAAAUUGGUUUCGUCUCGUCGUCGAAAGUAAAAGGGUUGAGAAAAAAGGAGUUGUUUGUAAGCUCAUCGAGCAAUGUGGGUGGGCAGCUAUGGCAGAAUUGGUGGCCGGAGAAGAACUCCAAAUCUCCUUCCCUUAGCGAUAUUAUUUGGCCCUCUGCUGGGGCUUUUGCUGCAAUGGCAAUAUUGGGGAGGAUUGAUCAAAUUUUGGCACCAAAAGGAAUUUCGAUGACAAUUGCACCAAUGGGAGCCGUUUGCGCCGUUCUUUUCGCCACACCGGCUUCUCCCGGUGCUCGGAAGUACAAUAUGUUUUUAGCACAGAUUGGCUGUGCAGCAAUAGGUGUUUUGGCGUUCUCGAUAUUCGGGCCCGGUUGGCUAGCUAGAAGCACCGCCCUUUCUGCCGCCAUAGCAUUCAUGAUUUUCACCCGAUCUGUACAUCCUCCAGCUGCAAGCUUGCCGUUGCUAUUUAUCGAUGGUAUGAAGCUGCACCAUUUGAAUUAUUGGUAUGCUUUGUUCCCUGGUGCCACUGGCUGCAUUAUUCUCUGUUUGAUCCAAGAGAUUGUAUGUUACUUGAAGGACAAUUUGAAAUUUUGAAGGCAUUUUCGACUCUCAGGUACAGAGGAAAAGGGAGAAGAGAUAAUGAUCCAUUGUUUAAAGGAAAUGACCAUUCUACCCCCACCAAGCUUAUUUACGAUGGCCGAUAAUUGCAUCACUAUCAAUUAUGUGAUUGCAUGAUGG